AUAGAAUAGAGCCCUUCUGUUUUUUUACGCUUUUGAUGUUUUAAAAAACUUCAAAUGCCGCCUGCUAAAUUUUAGAAUCAACAUGUGAUCAGAGAUUUAAAAGAAGGUCUAUAAUGGAAAUUCGCCAGCGGGCGUUUGCCCAAAAAUUAAAGUGGCAGCACAAUGCUGAUAUUCGUCAACAAAUUUCUACUAUUUCAUCUCAACAAAACAAGCAAGAUAUUGCUCCUAAGCACGCAGUAUUACCUGGAAAAGUUCCUUUAAAUGAUGUUGUUGAUCCUCUUGAUGUUGAAGAAUUUCUUGAUCAACACAGAGAUCAAAUUGAAUGUGACACAUUUCGUCAUAUGCUUGAUUUUCCUGAGGAUGAUAUAGAAAUUGGAAUUUUGCCACAUAAAUGCCGAACUUUAGAGCAUGUGGUACCUGAUGAUGAAGUGGGAGAACUGAACCAGCAAGUAAAAGACUGCAUACAGUGUUAUACUGCUGACUGGAUUGUGAUAAAUAGAAGGUAUCAGCAAUAUAGUUCAAGUUUUUGUUCUUAUGAAAACAUAUCAGACAAACAAAAUGUGGCAAAAUCAGUACCAAAGCAAGAAUUUGAAAUUGAUAUGUCAGUGUCUUCGUGCGAUUAUAAGAGUGAUGAAACCCGCUUGAAGCAAAUAAAUGAACAGCCUUCCCAACAACCUCCUCUUGCUGAAGAUGAAGAUACUUCUGAUUCUUCUGCUCCACCUUCUAAUCGCCAGUCAUUUCAACUUGCUGAUACACCUAGAGGAAGCUGGGCAAGUAGUGUCUUCGAUCUCCGGAACUCCCAAGCAGAUCCACUCAUUCCAUCAUUAUUGGACCACACCCCAUCUGAAGCAUUAGACUAUAUGAACGAAAUUAAGCGACAGGAAAAUAGGACAGAUUCUGUGUUUGCUUUGUAUCCUCCAAUGGAUGAUGAAGAAUUUAUUGAAAAGAGGUUUCCUGGACCUGUUCCCAAAGAACAUAUUGGGCAUCGCUUAAUUGUGAAAUGUUUGGCCUUGAAGCUAGAUUUAGAAAUUGAACCAAUUUUUGGAAUCAUGGCUUUGUAUGAUGCUAAAGAAAAACGAAAGGUUUCUGAAAAUUUUUAUUUUGAUAUGAAUUCUGAGCCUUUAAAAAGAAUGCUUUCAAGUCAUGUGUGUUACCAAGAUGUGUCAACUUUAAGUAGAUCCUGUAUAUUCCAAAUAACAAAUCCAUCUCCUGAUUUAUUCCUUGUAAUUAAGUUGGAAAAGGUACUUCAGGGUGAUAUUAAUGAAUGUAUUGAACCAUAUGUUAAAGAUGAUAAAAACAGAGAUAAACUGAAAAGUAAUGCUGUUUUAACUUGUGAAAGACUUGGAAAGUACCGAAUGCCAUUUGCUUGGACUGCAAUUUAUUUAAUGAAUAUUAUAAAUGGUGUAAGCAACAUGGAUAAAGAAUCUGGGAGUGAUAGAGAUAGUAUUUCAUCAAACAGCUUAGACAGAAAAGCAGGUAAUGGACUGGAAAGUUUUCGAAAGAAAUCUGAUACUGGCACAUUAGGUCGUGGCUCUUUAGAGAGACGUAGUACAAUUGAUAAAAGGAAUAGCUGGUGUACUGAUGAUCUAGGAGCAAAUCUUGACACCUUUCGACCUGUUACAUUAACAGUGAAUAGUUUUUUUAAACAGGAAACUGAUCGCUUGAGAGAUGAAGAUCUGUUUAAAUUUCUUGUUGAUCUUAAAAGGCCUUCUUCAGUACUUAAGCGAUUAAAAUGUGUUCCAGGAAUAUUGAAGCUAGAUAUUGCACCAUGUCCUGAUGAACCCAAAUACUGCUUGACACCAGAACUGGCACGACUGCAUCCUUAUCCAGAUGAAAAGGGGAGACCAACCAAGGAGAUUUUAGAACUUCCUGUUAAAGAAAUUUAUGCUCCUCAUUAUUCAUAUCGUAAUAUUCUCUUUUUAUACCCUAGAGAUGUCAAUUUUACAAAUCGUCCUGGCUCUGCUCGAAAUAUAACAUGCAAAAUACAAUAUAUGUCAAGUGAAGAACUACAUAGUGCAAUGCCAGUAAUAUUCGGAAAAUCAAGCUGCCCAGAGUUUUUAACUGAGGCUUAUACUUCAAUUACAUAUCAUAGCAGAUUUCCAGAUUUUUAUGAUGAAAUAAAAAUUAAACUGCCAGCUGUUUUUACAGAGCAGCACCAUCUUCUUUUCACAUUUUAUCAUAUAAGUUGCCAGAAAAAAGUGGAACAGAAUCCUACUGAGACUCCUAUAGGAUAUACAUGGCUUCCUUUAUUUCGAGAUGGCAGAUUGCAAACUGGUGAUUUUAAUUUGCCAGUUAUGAUGGAGAACCCACCACCCAGUUAUUCCUUUCUUACACCUUUUAUUCAAAUUCCAAACACAAAAUGGGUUGAUAAUCAUAAAGGGAUCUUUAACAUUACUCUUCAUGCAGUAUCAUCUGUCUUUCCUAAAGAUCCAGCUGUCGACCGUUUCCUGAGUAUAUGCCGAAUGAUUGAAGAAGGAUCCAUGCCUGCAAAAAUUGGAGAAAAUUCUUUGGAGCAUGAAAUAAAAAACACUGUGCUAGAAAUAACUAAUGCUCAUGAUACUUCAUUGGAAUCAUUAGUAAAUUUUUUACCCAUGAUUCUUAACAAACUUAUUUAUUUACUUGUCCGACCACCAGUAGUUGCUGGUCAGUCAGUAAACAUCGGUCAAGCAGCAUUUGAAGCUGUAGCAAUGGUUGUGAAUGCUGUAACUACAGGAUUGGAAUAUCAGAAUGAUCGGCAUAACAGGAACAGUUUACUUGUGACGUAUCUUUCAUAUCAGUGUGUUGUUCCUCAUCAUGCUUCAUCUGUAUAUGGAUCCACAACAAGUGAAUCAAAUCCUCUUAGUCUUGGAUAUGGAACUUUAGGCAGAAACAUAUCUACACCCCUUCAUAAGUCAUGUUAUGGUCGAAGCAAUAGCAAUCCAGAUAUUGUGUCCUAUGCCGAUUCUGAUGGUGAAGUCAGUUCCAUUCUUUGUCGAGGAUUGGACCGAACUGCAAGUAUGAGAGCUGCUGCUGCUAUGCAAGAUAAUGUACUGUGUGCUAUAUCAAUGUCACAACCACGCAAAGUUCUCCAUGAAGAAAUAGCUUUACAAUGUGUUGUAUCAAAUGGAUCUGCUAGAGAACUCAUGCUGUCAAAUUCCUGGUUUUUCUUUGAUUUGAUCAUAAGAAGCAUGAUUGAACAGUUAGCAGCAACAAAUCGACUUGAUAUGCCACGGAAAAUGAGAUUUUGUGCUCAGUUUUUUGAUGACAUUACUACACUGGUCACAACAGUUACAUCUGAAAUUAUCAAUCAUUGCAACAAAGAAGGUUGUGAAAAAUUUACGAAGAAUUUAAAUUCUGGCUUAGCCUUUUUUCUUUGUGACUUGUUUUCGGUUGUAGAUCGAGGAUAUGUCUUUUGCCUUAUAAAAGCAUACUGUAAGCAAGUACUGUCCAAAAUAUCUACUGUUUCUGAUAGUAUAUUUUUGAUGUCUCUGAAGUUAGACUUUUUGAGAAUAAUAUGCAGCCACGAGCAUUUUAUAACUUUAAAUUUGCCAUUUGGAACCCCAGUCUCACCUUCUCCUGCAACUUCUCCAUGUCCUAGUGUUGCGUCUUCUUCAUCCCAAUGCUCUCUUCUUUCUACUGGUACUCUUGUAGAAAAAGGAAAUUUCACUGAGCUAUCUGUUGAAUUCAGGCAACAACAUUUUCUAGUAGGGCUAUUACUAUCUGAUUUAUGGACUGUGUUGUCUAUGAACAAUGCCAUGCUUCAUACAAAAGCUAUCAAUACAUUGAGGAAUCUGUUAACAUGUCAUGAAUUGGAUAGCCGUCUUGCUGAAAUUGAUCAUAGAGCUCGAGUUGCUAGCCUUUAUUUGCCCCUUAUAGGAAUUGUUUUAGAUGCACUACCUUUGCUUUAUGACUGGCAGACCACAACUAUUGGAAAUGCUGCGGAUUGUGAAAAUGAUUGCCGACUGAGUCAUGAUGUUGCAUCUGCUAUUUCAAGUUCUAGUAUCCCAAUGAAAGACACAAUUGUCAAACCAUAUGAUAUUUUCCAGAAUCGUAAACAACAGCUGAAAGAAGACACAACUAGACAUUUAUUAAUGUGUUUACUAUGGGUCCUUAAAAAUGUUGAUAAAAAAGUGCUAAGAAAUUGGUGGGCAGACUUGCAUCCUCGUCGACUACAUCAGUUACUCGAAAUUAUGUACAUAUGUAUUUCUUCUUUUGAGUAUAAAGGUAAAAAAGUUUUGAUGAAAUGCAGCCAGCAGCAUAUGCAAAAAACGUCUGAUAUAAAAUCUCGUUUGGAAGAUGCCAUCUUGGGGCAUACAAGUGCAAGAAGUGAAAUGAUGAGGCGAAAAGACCGCAAUCCACCUUCUCCAUCACCAAAUGCUGGAGAAAAAUUGAGAUGGCGAAAAGAUCAGAUGAUAUGGAAAUCUACUUCUGAAUUUGUGGAUAGGCCAAAAAUGGAAGUUGAAACAGCUGCUCACAUUGAAGGUAAUCUUGCUGCAGAAGUUAACAUGAUUGUUCUUGAUACGCUUGAGCUGAUAGUUCAGGUUGCCUGUCACACAGAUGCUUUGCAGGGUGUCUUGAGUACUGUUUUGAAAGUAUUACUGCAUGCACUUGGAUCUAAUCAAAGUACCAUAGUUUUGCAAAAUAUGUUUGCAACACAAAGGUCUCUUGUGUAUAAGUUUCCUGAGCUUUUGUUUGAAGAAGAAACGGAACAAUGUGCUGAUUUAUGUUUAAGAUUGCUUAGACAUUGCAGUUCAAGCAUUAGCAGUGUCAGGUCACAAGCAUCAGCAUCACUAUAUUUACUUAUGCGCCAGAAUUUUGAAAUUGGCAAUAAUUUUGCUCGAGUGAAAAUGCAAGUCACAAUGUCUUUAAGUUCACUUGUUGGUACUAAUCGAAACUUCAAUGAAGAAUAUUUGAGACAUUCACUGAAAACUAUCCUGAUUUAUGCUGAAGAAGACACCGAAUUGCAGGUUACUACAUUUCCAGAGCAGGUUCAUGACUUAGUUUUUAAUUUACAUAUGAUCUUAUCUGAUACUGUGAAAAUGAAAGAAUUUCAAGAAGAUCCUGAAAUGCUGAUGGAUCUUAUGUAUCGUAUUGCAAAAGGCUACCAAACAUCGCCUGAUCUUCGGCUUACAUGGCUUGCAAACAUGGCUCAGAAGCAUACUGAGCGAUCAAAUCAUGUUGAAGCUGCACAUUGCCUUGUUCAUUCUGCUGCUCUAGUUGCCGAAUAUCUUUACAUGUUAGAAGAUAGACCCUAUCUUCCUGUUGGAUGUGUAGCAUUUGAA